AUGACGACGUUCAGAGAGAACUGCAGCAGCAACAGCAGCAGCAGCAGCAGCAGCAGCGCUGUUUCUGCCUCUUCUCGCGCCUCCGAUGAUGAACAGCAAGCGAGACAUGGGGGCUGCGCACAGGAAUUCCCCUGGUUGCAGUUGUGGGAGGUGUGGCAGCGAGGAAAUAUGACGCCUUUAGACCAGGGAGAGACAUGGUACGUAGUUAAUGCAGGUUUUCUUAAGGGGCUGCAGCAGGAGGCGACGCGACUGCGCGCUGGGAUGUCCUCCGACUCUGUGGCGAAGACUUUGUGCGCAUUGGACAAAUUCAUAGCGCAGUCAAAGCAGAGGGCGCAGCAGCAGCAGCAGCAGCAGCAGCGGGUACAGCAGCAGCAGCUGCGAAUUGUUAAUGCUCCACUGAUGUCUCCUGAUGGCUUGAAGAACGGCUUCGCCACCAAACGAUCGCGGCUGCUGACGGGCCUAGAAAAGCAAAUGGGCCUGGCGUUUCAGGUCUGCGACGCAGCGACUUGGGGUGUACUGACAGCGUGGGUGCCGCACGACGUUGAAGUGCCUCGUGGGGUGUAUAGACAGGCGGGGCGGCUGCAGGUGGAAGUGCAGCCGCUGCUGCUGCAUGCAUUUCGUGCUGUUGGCUGCUGCAGCAGCUGCAACGAAGCAGCAACAGAAUAUGUUGGUGCCUUCGUAGCGAUGCGCUCCGACUCUCUGGACGUCCUUAUCCACAAGGCAAGACAGCAUAAACAACUUUUCUCCCUUUGCAUGCGGGGCCCCCCGGGGGCCUCCUCUUAUCGUCGUAUGUCUGCUGCAGCAGACAGCUGGAAGCAGCUGAGCGAUUCGCUUGAAACGGAAGUAGGGCAAACGCAGGUGGUGGAAGGGGUGGGGUUGGUGUUGCUGCAUCGUUCUGCAUGCGUGUGCAUGCAAGAGCAGCAGGAACAUGAGCAAGAAGACGAAGAAGAAGCAGAAGGUGAUGCAGCAAUGCCUUGGGCAGGAGGGAUGGGGCCCCCACCCCCACCAACAGCUCAAGGGGGGGCCCUAGGGGGGACCCUUAGUAGAGGAGGUUGGCCAGGAGGUGCUGCGAAGCAGAGCAUCGUGCCUACAGGAGCAGAAGCAGCAGGAAGCAGCAGGGGUGGUUCGGCUGCAUCUGCAACAGAUGUUUAUUUUUCUACUGGGGGUUUAGUUGGUCUUGUGAAUUUAGCUAACACCUGCUUUCUGAAUGCUGCAGUGCAGUGUCUGUCUGUCGUUUUGCCGUUCUCUCGCUAUUUUCUUAGCGGGGCGUACAGAAGAGAUAUUAAUAUGAAUAAUUGCAUGGGCACUCAGGGCAGACUCGCAGAUGCUUAUGCAAAGACUUUAAGGGCACUGUGGGCGUCUAGGGAUUCCGCCUUUGCUCCUCGCGAAUUGAAAUGGGCAGUAGGCGAAGUCAGAGAGGAAUUUUUAGGGUUUGCACAGCAAGACAGUCAGGAGUUGUUGGCGUUUUUAUUAGAUGGGCUCCAUGAAGAUCUUAAUCGAGUUCGCAAGAAGCCUUAUUAUGAGGAUAAGAUAGAGGGUGCAGCAGGAAUGAGCGACAGCGUAACGGCAUUACGAAGCUGGCGGCGUCAUUUAGAGAUUCAUAAUUCAGUGGUGGUGGAUUUAUUUCAAGGACUUUAUCGUUCUUGUUUGCUUUGCCCGCAUUGUAAUCGUUUAUCUAUUACCUUUGAUCCCUUUCUUAAUCUUUCGCUUCCUCUUCCUCAUGCAGCAUCGCUAAGAAUUUGUAUUAGUGUUGCGCUCGAGAUCUCUAAAGCAUUUUCUGCUGAUGUUCAAGCCGUGCUGCCUCUCACGCAGCAGCAAGCAAAGGCUAUGGCUCUUCGAGUGCUGCAUGCAGCAUUAAAUGAUGAAAUGCCGCAUGCAAAUUUAGUGGAAGAAGAAAAAGAAACCCUAGCAAAGCAAAUCUGCCACUACACCGAAGCACAAAGUAUUAAGGAUGUUACAGAAGCAAAUGUCCUUCUCGUGUAUAGACGCCCAGGAGAGAUGUCUCCAGGGGCCCCGCAGUUAUCGCAAGGCUUAAAACCAUUCGCUCCUGGGGAGGAGUUGCGAGCGAAGACAGAGCGGAAAGUGACGACCAUUUUUGUUUGGUUUUUGCCGUCGCGCAUUGUGGAGGAACUAGAGGGAGUAAACAAAGACAAACAUAAUUCUGCUCAGAGUUCGGGUAUAGACGCCGCCUCCUCUCCAACAGGUGCAGCAGAUGUUGAUGAAUUGCCUGCAGCAAGCAGCAGCAGCAGCAGCGGGAGAAGCAGCAGCAGCAGCAGCAGCGGGAGAAGCAGGAGCCGCAGCAGCAGACAUUCAUCAGGGGGGGGAGUUAAUACACCAAAUGGGUCUCAGCAAUUAAAAGAAGCAGAUAAAAACCAGCAAAGACCUGCAGCAGCAACGGAAGCAACAGCUAAGAAAAGAAGAUCUGUUGGAUUGCCGUUGAGUCUCGCUGCUACAAAUUCUUUUGUUGUCUUCGUCGCCCCUCUAGUCAAAUACCAGAACGGUAACACACUACAGCAGCAGCAACAGCAGCAGCAACAGCAGCAGCAGCAGUACUGUAGUAGUAGUGGGAGGAGUAGGAAUAAUUUAUAUGCAGCUGUUGAAGCUGCUUUCUUCUGCAACACGAACAGCAGCAACAGCAGCAACAGCAGCAACAGCAGCACCAGAGGCAGCAGCAGCAGCAGCAGCAGUAGUAGUAGUAGUAGUUCUGGGGCUGAUGAACAGGAAGAUGGUUGUGGAAUAGGGGGUUCAUCUAUAGGGGGCCCCUUAGGGGCCCCUAUGGGGGCCUCAUAUGUAGGGGGGGGCCCCCAGGGGGGCCCCCAUGGACUUCUUGGGGGCCCCCAUAGUGGGUCCGAUGGGGGGCCCCCUGGGGGCCCCUUCGGUGGAGAAGCGCAGCGAUCGAAGAUAUCAGGUGUAUUUACACAAGCUGUCGAAGCAAUUAAUAAAACAUUUGGGCCUCAUGAAGGCAGCAGCAGCAGCAGGAAAUGGAAGUUGCAGGUGAUGGCGUUGGUUUAUUUGGAUAUCUCUGGCCUUGAUCAGCUACCAGGAAUGAUCAGCAGCAGCAGCAGCAGCAGCAGCAGCAGCGAGCAGCAAGGGACCCUUGUUAAUGGAAUUGUUUCUUUGGGUUCAUUGCGUCAAUCUCCUCGUCUUCAUAUCUCUGAUUGUCUGCAACUUUUCGCAGAAAAAGAAAUCCUUGACCAGGAUAAUAUGUGUACUUGCCGCACUCACGUCCAAGCACAGAAGAAGUUGGAUCUGUGGAGAAUGCCUCGGGUGUUGGUUUUGCACUUAAAGCGUUUUCAUAACUUAAGCCGCUGGAGCCGCUCGAAGAUCAACACCCGCGUUUGCUUUCCUUAUAAAACUGGAGAGUAUCUAGACAUGAGUCAGUUUAUUCUACCAGGCGGCCUGCAGCAGCUACGCGAGGAAGACCCUUCAUUUACACCGGAGUACGAACUUAUUGCAGUCAACGUGCAUUCUGGAGAACUCGGCGGGGGCCAUUACUACGCAUACACCAAAAUCAGAGGACAGUGGUACGAAUUCAAUGAUUCGUGUGUAACUGCAGUUCCCGAAGACAAGUGCCACUCAGCUGACGCAUAUAUGUUAACCUAUGAACUUCGCUCCAGCCGAGAGGAAUCACAGCGGCGAUUAGCGGCAGUACAGGUCCCGGGCAGAGCUGCUGCUGCUGCUGCUGCUGGCGCACAGCAGCAGCAACAGCAGCAACAGCAGCAGCAACAGCAGCAGCAUCCCCCUGUACGCUCGUGGGUGAUGUAG